UUCUGCUACAGGUGUGCUGGCAAACUGUCGCGUCAUGAACAGAAGCUGGAGAUAAAGAUGACAUCUGGAAGCAGCUGAAGCUGUCAGGCUUCAUGUCUCCAUCCUCCCCUGAGGGAGGACAAGAAGAUGAGUGUCACCAAUCAUCCCUCCAUCAACAUCCUGACCAUCAUCUUCCUGGUUCUGUCUACUACAGCUCUCUCUGCUCACUUUCGGGUGUGUGAGCCUUACACCGAUCACAAGGGGCGCUACCACUUUGGAUUUCACUGUCCUCGUCUCUCGGACAACAAGACGUACAUGUUCUGUUGCCACCAUAACAACACGGCCUUCAAGUACUGCUGCAACGAGACCGAGUUUCAAACAGUCAUGCAGGUCAACCUGACCACGUCUCCAGACGGCUACGCUCACAACAAUUACUCUGCAUUAAUCGGCGUGUGGAUCUACGGAUUCUUCGUCAUGGUGCUGCUAGCGCUUGAUUUUCUGUAUUACUCAGCCAUGAACUACGAGGUGUGCCGGGUUUAUCUGGAGAAGUGUGGGUUGGGUGGCCGUUGGCUGAAACAGGCCCGUGGUCAGUGGCACGGCGAAGGGCAGGAGGAGAGGGAUGGGCGGCCCGCUCAACCCGCAGCUCCGUCAGAACCUCAAGAGCAACAUCAUGAACACAGCUGCGGUCAGAUCAGACACAGCCUGAUGGGAGACACACAGAGCCCAGCACAGACCGCGCACAACACCACAACAGCCUGAGACUGACCAAAUGCAAGGAACAACUGUUGGAGUCCCCUGGUGAGGAAGUGCAUUGUGGGAAGUGUAGUACAUGCCCCUGCCACAUGGACCUACAUGUCACAGGGGCCCAUUGGCCCCAAGCCUCUCGAUGUGGCCCAAAUCUCACAGAGCACAACCUCCAACAACCCCUCGACAAACCCAGAACCUCAACUCAGAGCCAACUGGAAAUGGUCCAGUGGUGGAACAAGACAUUCUGAAGAGCAGCUGUAGCGAGAUUUGUGCAACUCCAGAACCAGACUUCAGACCAAACUGGACUUCGAUAGACACAGAACUCACCCAAGACUUCUUUGGAGGACCUAUGUAGCCGUUUCUGCACCAUUUUGUGAGCUGGUCUGGAUUAAACUCUCUGUAACUGUGCAGUGUCGGUUUAUUUAUUCGUAGUCAGGGAAAACGUUGAGUGAUGAAUGAAGACGUCAAACAUCAUUUAAAAGAUCCAAGCACUCUCAUAACUCAAUACUAGAAGUUUAAUGACCUUUUUGCGUAAAUAUCAAAACUCACAUGUCGUGGGUGGUUUUGCAGUGAAGAUGUGAAAUGAAAUAGUAUGGUGAAUGUCUGUUUUUGACUACUGUUGUGAUUUGACAUUUUCUCAUCUGUAAGAAUCAGUGAGGUAGCAAAUUGUGUUAAAUUGCAUUUUUUUUAAUCACCCCACACAUUUUGUUUCAUGGCCUGUAGAGUUCAUUGUGUAUGUUUGUCAGGGUGUUUUGAGACCUGAAGAGGUUUUGUUCAGCGGUACACACUCUAUUAUUGAUAUUGAUCGGUUGAGUUCAUUUAGACUUUAGUUUCUGAGUGAAAUGCCAAAAUAAAAACAAGAUUGCACACUCCAUUGAACAUGACAAAGCAGACAGUCACACACUUACAGAAAUGUCAGCAAAGAAGAAAAAAUUUACAUUCCCUUUGUUUACCUUGAUUUUGUAAGGAAGGCAUUACCCAGCUAACAAUGUUCUUAGAAUGCUUUGCUAGCAUUCCCAUAAACAUGUUAUUUCUGCAUAUUAUCUCAACAUUCAAAAAUGUAGU